UAAAGCUUCGCAGGCAGGAAGCUAGCUGCAUUAGCUCCAUUCGCUACAUGUAACUAUGAAGGUUAAUGUGGCAUUUUGAGGGUGACCAUGAUUUCAGUGAGCUAUAUUCUGCUGUGCGGGCAGCUGCUCCUGCUCCUCACGGUCAUACUGUUACAAUGUCUGGAAGGAAUUCACUCCCAGAACUCAACGACCACUGAGACACCCUCUGCUGCCCCCAGCCAGGGAGUCACAUCUCUCCCGUUCACCGAGCAGCCGCCUGAAGUCGUGAAAGAUGAAAUACCGUCAGAGAGUACGAAUUAUACCGAGCCUUACGAGUAUAAACCCCCGUCACCAGUCGUCCUCUGCAGCUAUCUACCGGAGGAGUUCAUCUAUUGUCAAGACCCUGUAGAUCAUGCAGGCAACCAGAGCGCCCAUCAGGAGUUGGGCCACGGUUGUGUUGGGUGGGGUGGCCAGACUGAGAAAGAAGUGAACCACACACCAGUUAUCUGCACUGCACUGGAUGAUAUAGAAUGUGCCGGACCCAGAGAAUUCCUCAGAGGGAAGGUACCCUGCAUCAAGUACACAGGACACUAUUUUAUCACCACGCUGCUGUACUCUUUCUUCCUGGGUUGUUUCGGAGUCGAUCGGUUCUGCCUGGGCCACACCGGCACCGCUGUGGGGAAGCUGCUCACCCUUGGAGGCCUGGGAAUCUGGUGGUUCGUGGACUUGAUCCUGCUCAUCACCGGUGGCCUGAUGCCCAGCGAUUACAGCAACUGGUGCACCUAUUACUGACAAAAGGACAGUGAACUCAAAUAUUAUCAGUUACAUAUUGAGAAGUCCGGGGAUCUGGCCUCAGCCUACCGUGGUAAUGAGUCUGUGGGCUGGCUUGUUCUGAGGGGAUUUACAGCAGUGUCAUGCAAAGUGGAAUCCAGGGAGCUCCUCAGGGCUCCGACAAGGUUCCCAGUGGCUCCAAAGUAAAAUGAGGAAUAAUUUGAUUUCAUUCUAAUUUAAUUGACUUUGAAUAUCACUCUGAGAAUGUAUGAAAAUGACUAUUGUACCCAGAGCAUUCACCAGAGCCACAGUGAAGACAGUAUUGAGCUUUUUUAGUGUUAAAUUGUCAGUGAAGGUCACUUCACACAUGUAGUUCAGUUUAAAGUGCUUAGACAUGCUGCCUUUUAGUUGUGGUGUGUGUCACAUUCAUACAGACAGGAGUAAACAUGAUGUCAUACCAACUGACAAGAAACAUAUCGAUCGGACAGUUUUGGUGAUGUAAACUUGCAUCAAUAACCUCCUCAUUGGGAAGUCAAAAUCUGGUGAAUGCAUUCUUUCUAAUGUAUCGGGGCUAAUGCUCACACUCACAUGGUGAUGCACACAUGUGUUACCAUGGUUACUGAAUGUUUUGUGUACUGUAGGUACUGUAUACAUCUCUAAAACAGAUUGCCUCUAUGAUAGUUUCGCUUUCAGUUUCAGCUUUCAAGAGCAGCACCCGAUUCAUGACUGCCCCUUUUUAAUUAAAGGUGCACAUGUGCAACGCAGACCAACCACAACAUUUAAAGAUGGUGGAUACAUGAUUUAGCACACAUUCAAAAGUUGUCAAGGACUCAAUUUGUAAAGCAUUCUGUGUGCACAGAUGAUCAUUCAGUAACCAUGAUGAGAGUAAUGGGCUUUCCUGAUGCAUCAGAAAGUGAAUGGGAGUUAAAACGGAGGCGUAUUAAGCUUAUGUUUCGCCAAAUGAGAGUGGAAUAGUGACCAUCCCUUCAUAACUACACUACACUCUUUACUGUCUAUCACAUUGGAGGCCCAUAUAUGCAGUAAUGAACCUACUUCUGUAACAUAAAGACACACAUAUUGUUCAGUUAGGAGCUGCAUGACCUGCUGUUGGUCACCGAAAUGUCUGUGAAACACUGAAGAUGCCCCCAAAACUGUCCAAAGUAUGAGCAGUCUCUCAGUUCAUGUGAUGUCAACAUGAAGACAGACCGAACCUGAACUGAAAGGCAACAGACGAUCAGUUCUUCCAAAAUGUUCUUUAGAUAAAAAGAGUCCAAGUCUUCACGUUGGAGAAUUUGAGGAACAUCUGGCGGGAACUUGGAAUACAUUAGAAACUAGAUUUUUGUGCUUUGAGUGUCUCAUUCCGUGCUGUAGCAGUGUUGCUGUACAAAAUCCUGCACACAGACCCGCAAUCCUUCAUUCCAGUAGAAAACUGAGCAAUGAUCCUCAGCUAUGAUCGUUUCAGCUAUGUCCUGAAGGCAACACCCUGCACAGUUAUUAUCAGAGCUUCAAGCCUCUUCAAGUUAGUAAAAUAGCCCAGCUUUGACCUUUUGCUGUCCUCUUCCACUAUAUGCCACCUGAAUCCUGCAUUUUCUCUGCGGGUACUUAGACUGAUGAAUAUUACAGCCCCGAGCAAGUAGAAACACAGACCUGAAGACAGAUAGUGAUCACAUAAAACAGGUGAUGAUUGAGUGUUUUUCCGUAUUGGCAGGAGGAAUGUUAUGGUAAACGUUUUUUACCUCGAGAUCUACGGGGAGAACUCCCCUCCCGACCCCCGUUACGAAGUCUCCGACUAAAACAAAAUCUUGAUCUUCAUUGACUUUUUCUUCCUGCUCGGCUCAGGUCUGGCAUUAAAUAUUCAAAUCCUCAUCUUACCGCUUUUGUUAAAUUUUCCCAUCUUUAUCUGCGACCAAAGGUUUAUGUACCCUUCCGUAGAUAGAGCAGGUUUCAUUACGUAAGGAUCCAAUAAAACCCCCUUUUUUUUAGGUCUCAUAAAAAGUUGAAGAAGACACGAUCGCAGCAAUAUGCUUCUAGCAGGUGAUAUAUAUUUUCAGCUGGCUAAACAUCUUUUUUAAGAGGUGAGCAUUAAAACACUGCUUUACAUAUUCCACUUAAUCCACAAUAUGGCGCUUCAUAUGCUUGUCUUAAACACCUGUAAAAGAAUGUUUUUUUUCCCCGAUAUUUCCUUAAAUCUGAAGGUUUCAAACUCAAAUCCUGAAUCCAGUUGUAGAGAAUUGCCUCAAAUUAGUAGAAAGACAUACUGUAACACACUCACUUUUGUGGGUGUAUAAUAUUGAUCCACCCAACAGAAGCUUUUUUAUUCUUUAAAGUGAAUCCACUGUGCUAUUUAUUUAUUUCUUAUCUGUUUGUGUUGUUGCAGGGGAUUUCAGGGGGAAUACUUUGCAAUUUGUUAGUGUAUGCUGUUCAUUAAAAAAACUGUAUUAAAAUGUUUAUUCCAGAUUGUUCUAUCAAUCUUUUCUGUGCUCUUUUUUUUUUUUUUUUUAAUUAAAGCUGCACGUGCUCCUGGAAUACCCGAUUUCCUCAAUCCAAAGUGUUCGGUGUUGUAUUUAUCACUGUUCACAGUCAUGACUCAAUAAAAAGUA